AUGGAAGUUUUCUCCCUCAUCCUGGUCGUGUCCGUCUGUUGGACUCGAACCUGGAAAGCGGCGAUUGCAGAUUCAAUCAUUCAUAUCGGGGCAAUUUUUGAUGAAUCUGCCAAAAAAGAUGAGGAAGUGUUUCGAAUGGCAGUAGCAGAUCUCAACCAGAAUGAUGAAAUCUUACAAACAGAGAAAAUCACAUGUUCAGUGACAUUUGUGGAUGGCAACAAUCCUUUCCAGGCAGUUCAAGAAGCCUGUGACCUGAUGAACCAAGGCAUCCUGGCCCUUGUCAGCUCCAUUGGGUGCACGUCAGCAGGAUCCCUGCAGUCUCUGGCCGAUGCCAUGCACAUCCCUCACCUCUUCAUCCAGCGCUCCGCGGCAGGAACGCCGAGGAGCGGCUGCGGGCUCACCAGGAGCAACCGCAAUGAUGACUACACGCUCUCUGUGCGGCCCCCCGUCUACCUAAACGAUGUCAUCUUAAGAGUGGUCACAGAAUAUGCCUGGCAGAAAUUCAUUAUUUUUUAUGAUAAUGACUAUGAUAUCCGUGGAAUACAGGAAUUCUUAGACAAAGUAUCUCAACAGGGAAUGGAUGUAGCAUUACAGAAAGUAGAAAACAACAUCAAUAAAAUGAUCACGGGGCUCUUUGCCUCUAUGAGAAUAGAAGAACUGAACCGCUACCGGGAUACCCUGAGACGGGCCAUUCUCAUCAUGAACCCUUCUACAGCCAAAUCAUUCCUGACAGAGGUCGUGGAGACUAAUUUGGUUGCUUUUGACUGUCACUGGAUCAUUAUAAAUGAGGAAAUAAAUGACGUGGAUGUGCAGGAGCUGGUGAGAAGGUCAAUUGGGAGGUUGACAAUUAUCCGACAGACGUUUCCAGUUCCCCAAAACAUAAGCCAGCGCUGUUUCCGUGGCAACCACAGAAUAUCUUCAUCACUGUGUGAUCCCAAGGACCCUUUCUCCCAAAGCAUGGAGAUUUCAAACCUGUAUAUAUAUGACACUGUCCUCCUGCUGGCAAAUGCCUUUCAUAAGAAGCUGGAGGACAGGAAGUGGCACAGCAUGGCCAGCCUCACCUGCAUCAGGAAGAACUCUAAACCCUGGCAAGGAGGGCGAUCAAUGCUGGAAACCAUCAAAAAGGGUGGAGUGAAUGGCUUGACUGGAGAACUGGAAUUUGCAGAAAAUGGGGGGAAUCCCAAUGUGCAUUUUGAAAUUUUGGGGACAAACUAUGGAGAAGAUCUUGGCAGAGGCAUCCGCAAGCUUGGCUGCUGGAAUCCUGUAACUGGUCUGAAUGGGUCACUAACAGACAGAAAGCUGGAGAACAACAUGAGAGGAGUGGUUCUGCGUGUGGUGACUGUGCUGGAAGAGCCCUUUGUCAUGGUGUCUGAAAAUGUUCUGGGAAAACCAAAGAAGUAUCAGGGCUUCUCAAUAGACGUGUUGGAAGCCUUGGCCACUUACCUCGGCUUUAAAUACGAAAUUUAUGUAGCACCGGAUCACAAGUAUGGGAGUCCUCAGGAUGAUGGGUCGUGGAAUGGCCUGAUAGGAGAACUGGUGUUUAAGAGAGCUGACAUCGGGAUCUCUGCCCUCACCAUCACCCCCGACAGGGAGAACGUGGUGGACUUCACAACGCGCUACAUGGACUACUCGGUGGGCGUGCUGCUGCGCAAGGCAGAGAAGACAGUGGACAUGUUUGCCUGCCUGGCCCCCUUUGACCUCUCCCUGUGGGCCUGCAUUGCUGGCACGGUGCUCUUGGUGGGGCUCCUGGUCUACCUCUUGAACUGGCUCAACCCCCCGCGCCUUCAGAUGGGAUCCAUGACGUCCACAACUCUCUACAACUCCAUGUGGUUUGUCUAUGGAUCCUUUGUGCAGCAAGGAGGAGAGGUUCCAUACACAACCCUGGCAACCCGACUGAUGAUGGGAGCCUGGUGGCUUUUUGCUUUGAUUGUCAUCUCCUCCUACACGGCCAACCUAGCAGCUUUCCUCACCAUCACACGCAUUGAGAACUCCAUCCAGUCUCUCCAGGAUCUGUCGAGGCAGACGGACAUUCCUUACGGCACCGUGCUGGACUCGGCCGUGUACGAGCACGUGCGGGUGAAGGGCAUGAACCCCUUCGAGAGGGACAGCAUGUAUUCCCAGAUGUGGCGCAUGAUCAACAGGAGCAACGGCUCCGAGAACAACGUCCUCGAGUCCACUGCAGGCAUUCAGAAGGUGAAGCACGGGAACUACGCCUUUGUGUGGGAUGCGGCGGUGCUGGAGUACGUGGCCAUCAACGACGCGGAGUGCUCCUUCUACACGGUCGGCAACACGGUCGCGGACAGGGGAUACGGCAUCGCCCUGCAGCACGGCAGCCCCUACCGAGACGUCUUCUCACAAAGGAUUUUGGAGCUGCAGCAGAAUGGCGACAUGGACGUACUGAAGCAUAAGUGGUGGCCGAAGAACGGUCAGUGUGAUCUUUACUCAUCUGUGGAUACCAAACAGAAAGGAGGUGCCCUGGACAUAAAAAGUUUUGCAGGUGUUUUCUGCAUCCUCGCUGCAGGGAUUGUCCUAUCCUGUUUCAUUGCAAUGUUGGAAACGUGGUGGAAUAAAAGGAAAGGCUCCCGGGUUCCAUCAAAAGAGGACGACAAGGAGAUCGACCUGGAGCACCUCCACAGGCGCGUGAACAGCCUCUGCACAGACGACGACAGUCCCCAUAAACAGUUCUCCACCUCAUCGAUUGACUUGACCCCGCUGGACAUUGACACUUUACCCACACGUCAGGCACUGGAGCAAAUCAGUGACUUCAGGAACACUCACAUCACCACAACCACCUUCAUACCAGAGCAGAUCCAGACUCUGAGCCGCACGCUGUCUGCUAAAGCCGCCUCGGGAUUCUCCUUCGGCAGCGUGCCCGAGCACCGAACUGGCCCUUUCAGGCACAGGGCACCCAACGGGGGCUUUUUCAGAAGCCCCAUCAAAACAAUGUCAUCUAUUCCUUACCAACCAACUCCCACCCUGGGCCUGAAUAUCGGUAGCGACCCAGACCGAGGCACCUCCAUCUGAGCAUCAGAACGAGUUUCUUCACUGUUUCUUAUUUAGGACUCCCUUUGCAAGGAGCAGCUGUAAUAUUGUGGGACUAACAUGGAUGUA